AUGGCGGACGUACCCUUGGCCUCGUUGUCACUGACGCAUGUUCAUUAUGACCCUAAUGAUCCUAUAUCCUACUUUUGCGCCUGGCUUGCGCUCGUUCCUCAAGGCCUUUGCGUUGUCUACGCAACCCUCAUCUGGUCGACUCGCGAGAUCGAGAUUCUCCUGAUGUUUGGAGGCCAAAUGGCUUGCGAAGCCUUGAACUUCGCUUUGAAACGAAUACUGAAGGAGGAACGACCAAAACAAAUGCACGGGAAGGGAUACGGAAUGCCAUCGUCACACGCUCAAUUCGUCUCCUUCUUCUCGAUCAGUCUGACAUUGUUUAUGCUGUUUAGACAUGUACCCAAAAAGCCAGCACCAUCCCAUACGCCGCUGAGUAUGGUUGCGCGAGUCUUGCUCUCAGGUCUGGCGCUGGCGAAUGCGGGCCUGGUUGCAUGGAGUAGGACAUAUCUGAAUUAUCACACACAAAAGCAGGUAUUUGUUGGAAUUUUCGCGGGGGCGGUAAGUGCCGUUGGAUGGUUCAUUAUCACCACUAUUGUUAGACGAAUCGGCUUGCUAUCGUGGUUUUUGGACCAGCCAGUAACAAGAUUGUUUCGGAUGCGAGAUUUGGUGGUGGAGGAAGAUUUAUGCCAGUCAGGGUGGGAGAAGUGGGAAGUGAAGCGUGCAGCAGCAACAUCACACGUCAACCAGAAGAAGAUUAGUUGA